AUGAAAGUGCCUGAAAUGCGGCUUUCAACUUGGGAAGCGUUAGUCCCACCACCUCGGCGAAUACAUAUGCAAAAAUCCAGCAUGUCUUCCCCGGAUGAUAGAUGCUGGGAAUAUGGAUGCGCUGAAUCUCGAGAUUAUUUUAUUUGCGAGAAAGGAUACACUACACUUAGCUGUUGCCUCAUAAACCCAAUAUACGUGAAUUACUCAAAAGAUCAGCUCUGGUUCGAUUCUUUGUCUCGUCUUUGGAGUUACGCCAGGAAAUCUUCUCAUCAAGAUCGUCGGGAAAGUCGCAAUGGCCAAACCAAUGAGGAAGUUUUGCAAUUGUCAGGAUUAGAAAACUUGAGGCUCCCCGAGUUAGAAGAGAUUAUCUUUGAGCUUCCAAAAGACAGAUUUGAGGAUUGA